AGGAAAUGCUAGAACUAGUGAUCUCACCCAGCCUCACUGUAAACAGCAAUUGUCCGGAUAACCUGAAGUUUACCCGUGCUGACGCCGCUGUGUGGACUCUGGGUGACAGAGAAGGCAUCAGCAGAUCAGUUCCCCUGCGUGUGUCCCGGCUCUUUGCAAGGCCUUGCCCACGAGUCCUGCCCAGCCAGCCUUCCACAGCCAUGGCAGCCUACGGCCAGACUCAGUACAGUGCGGGGAUCCAGCAGACUGCCCCCUACACAGCUUAUCCACCUCCAGCACAAGCCUAUGGAAUCCCUUCUUACAGCAUCAAGACAGAAGAUAGCUUGAACCACUCUCCUGGCCAGAGCGGAUUCCUCAGCUAUGGCACGAGCUUCAGCACCCCAACCACUGGACAGAGCCCGUACACCUACCAGAUGCAUGGCACGGCAGGGAUCUAUCAAGGAGCAAAUGGACUGACCAAUGCAGCUGGAUUCGGGAGUGUGCACCAGGACUAUCCUUCCUACGCCGGCUUCCCGCAGAGCCAGUACUCCCAGUAUUACAGCUCAUCCUACAACCCUCCUUACGUCCCGGCCAGCAGCAUCUGCCCUUCGCCCCUCUCCACGUCCACCUACGUCCUCCAGGAGGCAUCUCACAACGUCCCCAACCAGAGUUCUGAGUCACUUGCCAGUGAAUAUAACACACACAACGGACCUUCCACCCCAGCAAAAGACGGAGACACAGACAGGCCACAUCGGGCCUCUGAUGGGAAACUCCGAGGCCGGUCUAAGAGGAGCAGUGACCCCUCCCCAGCAGGGGACAAUGAGAUUGAGCGUGUGUUCGUGUGGGACUUGGAUGAGACGAUCAUUAUUUUUCACUCCUUACUCACGGGGACUUUUGCAUCCAGAUACGGGAAGGACACCACAACGUCUGUGCGCAUCGGCCUGAUGAUGGAGGAGAUGAUCUUCAACCUUGCAGAUACACAUCUGUUCUUCAAUGACCUGGAGGAUUGUGACCAGAUCCACGUCGAUGACGUCUCAUCAGAUGACAAUGGCCAAGAUUUAAGCACCUACAACUUCUCCGCCGACGGGUUCCACGGUUCGGCCCCAGGAGCCAACCUGUGCCUGGGCUCAGGCGUCCACGGCGGCGUGGACUGGAUGAGGAAGCUGGCCUUCCGCUACCGGCGCGUGAAGGAGAUGUACAACACCUACAGGAACAACGUGGGCGGCUUGAUAGGAGCUCCCAAAAGAGAGACCUGGCUACAGCUCAGAGCCGAGCUGGAAGCUCUGACAGACCUCUGGCUGACCCACUCCCUGAAGGCACUAAACCUCAUCAAUUCCCGGCCCAACUGUGUCAACGUGCUGGUCACCACCACUCAACUAAUUCCUGCCCUGGCCAAAGUCCUGCUGUAUGGUCUGGGUUCCGUGUUUCCUAUUGAGAACAUCUACAGUGCAACCAAGACAGGGAAGGAGAGCUGCUUCGAGAGGAUAAUGCAGAGAUUCGGCCGAAAAGCCGUCUACAUCGUGAUCGGAGAUGGUGUCGAAGAGGAGCAGGGAGCGAAAAAGCACAACAUGCCUUUCUGGCGGAUAUCCUGCCACGCUGACCUGGAGGCGCUGAGGCACGCCCUGGAGCUGGAGUAUUUAUAGCAGAAUCGGCGGCGUCACCCUCCACCCAGGCCCCCUCGCCUUCCCCGCCUCCCCACUGAGAACUCCAGAGACCCAGACGCUGGACAUCAGGCAGGUCCUUACGGCUGAGAGGGCAUGACCAGUGACCAGCUCAGAAGCUGUGCUUCCAGUCCACACGAGGGUCCUGUGAAGCAAAGUACCCAACAUUGGCUUUAGAAUAUGUGACUUUGGGGAAAAGAGCUGUCUCAGAGUCCAGACUUUUCUACAAGACUCACAGAACAAAAGCAAGGAAUUACUGAUUUGGGGGAGGGCUGGUGAUGAGGAGGGGACGGGUUCUUUUUUUUUUUUUUUUUUUUUUUUUUUUUUAUGGACUAAUCUCAUUACUCCGGUAUUAUGCUCUUGUACCUGUGUUGUUGGUUUUCUUAGUCGUUGGUUUGGUUUGGUUUUUUAAACUGGCAUGUGGGGUGGUUCACAGUUCUAAUUUAAGCACUCUCUUCUCCAGGUUGUGCUUUGGGGGGACAAUCAUUCUUCGAACAUUAGUGAGGGAGGCGAUUUGGGGCUGUUGGGAAGACUAUUGCUUAUUUUUGUUUUUAAAGACCCUACCUGACAUCAUGUGGACACUGCACGUGCCUUAUGCUGCCAUCUUGUUUUCUAGGAAGAGGGGGACACUGGGAAGGAAGAGGGGGACACUGGGAAGGAAACGAUACUUGGUGAUGGAUAAAAGGCAUUAAAUAAAACCACGUUUACAUUUUGAA